AACCUAAAAUUUCACGUUACACAGCAGUAAGCGGUAAAAAAUAACAAAGUGGAUAAUAUAAAUGUUUAUAAGAAAAUAAAAUAAAAAACAUAGUAAAGAGCAAUUAUGGCUGCAGGCCCAAUAGCCGAGCGAAAUCAAGAUGCGACAAUUUAUGUUGGAGGACUUGAUGAAAAGGUUCAAGAGCCUUUACUAUGGGAACUUUUCGUCCAAAGUGGUCCGGUAGUAAAUGUUCAUAUGCCUAAAGACCGUGUAACACAAAUGCACCAAGGAUAUGGUUUUGUAGAAUUUUUAAGCGAGGACGAUGCAGAUUAUGCAAUCAAAAUAAUGAAUAUGAUUAAGUUAUAUGGCAAACCAAUUAGAGUAAAUAAAGCUUCAGCACAUCAAAAAAAUUUGGACGUUGGAGCCAAUAUAUUUAUCGGAAAUUUAGACCGCGAAGUGGAUGAAAAGCUUUUAUAUGAUACCUUUUCUGCUUUUGGAGUUAUUCUACAGACACCAAAAAUUAUGAGAGAUCCAGAAACAGGAGAAUCGAAAGGUUUCGCUUUUAUUAAUUUUGCAAGCUUUGAAGCGUCGGACGCUGCUAUGGAUGCUAUGAAUGGACAAUAUUUAUGUAACCGUCCGAUAUCAGUUUCAUAUGCCUUUAAAAAAGAUUCAAAAGGUGAGCGCCAUGGGUCAGCCGCAGAACGUUUGUUGGCGGCACAGAAUCCCCUUUCUCAUGCUGACAGGCCGCAUCAAUUGUUUGCAGACGCUCCUGUUCCACAAAUAAUUCCCCCAGUAUUAGCUAAUGCUCCACCGCCAGGUAUGAUACGUCCACCAAUCAUGCCCCCUUUAAUGGCGCCACCACCACCAAUUCCUCCACCAAUGGCUCCAACUGGAAGCAGUGUAUUUCCAGCAGGUGUGCCGCCCCCACCAUUGCCACCAAUGCCUGCAUCGCAGCCACCUUUGCCACCACCGCCAAGGAUGAUGCCUGGGCCACCACCACCAUGGCAAACAGCAGCAGUUCCUCCACCACCAAAUUUCCCACCAGCACCUCCACCAUCAGCUGCAUCUAGACUAGGUCCCCCUAACUGGCGACCACCACCUCCAGGAUUUCCGAACCCUCCAAUACCACCACCAAGACCAUAUUAAUAUAUAUAAAACACUGUUUAGAAUUAACAAUAAUCAUACCGAUUUUAUACUAAGGAUAUUAAAAUUUCUGGAAACGACAAUUAAAAAAUAAUUCAAAACAAAAGCACAAUACCUGGCAAUUAUUACACUCCUCCAUGUACCU